AUGAUGUCGUGGUCGAGCUCUCAAUGGUUGUUCUUAUCCUUUAUAUUAGGACAAUUUAAUGUACAUUAUGUAGCCUCAUCUUGGCCAUCGACAAACUCUUCGAAUAUUCAACUAUUAGGCCUUUUUGAAAAUGUAUCCAACACAUCUGAAUCUAGUAAAGUAUCUGUUCAUAGUCGUGCUAUGUUUAAAGCAGCUGUGAUGGUUUCUCAACAAUAUAAUAUAACAAUAGAAGGACAAUUGAUAGAAUGGCAAUCAGUCGAAACUGGUGGAAAUACAAUCAAUGCUCUUACCAAAGCAUGUCAAGCAUUGUCUAUUUCAAAUAUUGUUGGUAUUGUUGGUCCACAGUUAUCAAGAGAAGCUCAUUUAAUAGCUGAUUUAGCUCCUUCAGAUAAUUUAACUGCAUUAGCAAUUGUAAAAUUAUUAAUUCGAUUUAAUUGGACAUCAUGUAUACUUAUUUAUCAAAAUGAUGCAUUUGGAUCUGGAGGUGCCAAAGUAAUAGAUGAAGCAUUUACUAAUAAUAAUUUACUAAUUGAAGAAUCGAUAAUAUUUGACAUUGCUACACUUCGUAUUCGACGUGACCUGAAAAUCUAUUUAAAAAAUAGUGCAACUCGAAUUGUUGUUUUAUGGGUUCAAUCAAAAUAUAUGCCCUCAAUUUUACGCUUUACUCUUAAAUAUGAUCUACUAGGUCCACACUUUACAUGGAUAUUAAGUUCAACUGUUUCAUUAAAUGUUUUUGAUAAAAAGGCUUAUGAAAAACUAAUUGGGUUAUUUGUCAUUGAACCUAUUACAGAAAAUGUUGUUAAUGUACCAAUUAAUACAACACUAAUAAAUGCCGCAUAUCAGAUUUGGCAAAAAUUUGAACCAGAAUCAUUUCCUGGAUUGACAAAAUUGAAUUAUUAUGCAUUAUUUGCACUUGAUGCAACAUGGUCAUUAAUUCAAUCAUUAGAAAAACUUUGUUCAACAAUUAAAACUAAUUCUUCUCGUUCAUGCUGGUUUAUUAUUAAAUACAAAUAUUCUGAUCAUAGUGAUUGGGAAACAUUUAAAGAAAAAAGUGUUAUUGUGUGGCCAGGUAAUUCAUUAGUACCUCCGACUGGUAGAGCCAUUCUUAAAGGUAUACCUUUACGAAUUGGUGUUAUUGAAUCAGUUCCAUUUACAAUAAUAACACACGUCAUCAAUGAAUUUGGACAAAAUACAACUAAGUUAACUGGUUAUAUCCCUGAACUUAUUGAGCUAUUACGAAAAAAAAUCGGAUUUAUUCCAAAUAUUGACAUAGCACCAUCAAAUCAAACAUAUAUUGGAUUAAUUCAAGCAGUAGCAAAUGGUGAUUAUGAUAUUGUGAUUGGCGAUGUAAUAAUUACUGCAAUGCGAAGAGAAUCAGUCGGUUUUUCGAACGCAAUAUUUGAUAAUUCUUUACGUAUUAUAAUGCGAAAAACACCUGAUGUUAGUAUUGAUCUUUUAUCAUUCUUAAAACCAUUUUCACAAAGAAAAUAUAAUGAGAAAUUACAAAAUCGAUCAAUACUAUCUCAAAUAACAAUGAGUAUAUGGUAUUCUUUUGGUAAUAUUGUUGGGUAUGGUGUUGGUUUUCAUGUUCGUACAGCUGCUGGACGUUUAGUUGCUGUUGGCUUAUAUAUGCUAAGUUUAAUAUUAGUAGCUUCAUACACUGCAAAUUUAGCAUCAGAUUUAACAAUAUCAAAAUCAAAAGAUAUUAUUUCUAGCAUUGAAGAUAUUAAAAAUGGAAAAAUUUCAUUUAAUCGUAUUGGUGUUUUUAUUGGAACAGCAAGUGAAGAUUAUUAUUUAAGAGAAAUAUCUAGUGAUAAUAAGAGCUACUAUCCAUUAAAAACGCGACAAGGGUUAUAUGAUAGUUAA